CUGGUCCUCUCCUUUUGGUGGCUGAGCGGGUUGGCCGUCGGAGGCGGGGGCGACGACUGCCCAUCAACAGCCGUAGAAAAAAAACGACCAUGUGUAGAAAAGGUGAAUAUAAAAGGCACACUGACAGCCAACGUCGAGGGUGAAUCAGAGCUAUUUCCUUCGUCUCCGAGUUGGCUUUCGGAGCGAAUGGACGAGUGCGGCAGUGGGACAGCCCGACCACCACCGAAGAUAACAGCAGGCGUCAGACGACGUAACGACCAUGCCGACAAGUGAUGGUCCGAGCCGCUUCCCGGUCUUUGCGGCUCCGCCCAAAGGCAAUCACCAGCGCUCGCCGGGCUACGUCCCCGGUCGGGUGGCUCCGGUGCGCUCACCCCCGCCGGCCAAAGCGCCACCGCCGCCACCUAUCAAACCUCAUGGCCCGCCGCCGCAGCGACAAGCCACCCUCAGCCUGUCGGAGGAGAGCCAGCGUCGGGAGUGGGCUCAGAGUCUCCGGCUGAGAAAGAACACGCUCAUCUGCUUCGGGGUGUCCAUGGGAGCGUUCUUCCUCAGCCUCAUACUUAUACUUAGUCUCACGAGUGGUGACAUUUUAGACGAGAAUUGUCCCGAUCACAACCCGUCCCUGAGUAAUUGGAACCCAGGCCACCAGCCAGACAAGGCCAUUGUUGCGAGGAGGGGAGAUUUAUUUCGAUUGGAGUCUUCUGCCACUUUCCGUUCACUCACCAUCCAAUCAGGAGGUCGUGUCGUAUUUGCGGACAAUCCUGACGGCUCGAAGAACAUCACCUUGAGAACAGGACAUAUCCUGAUUGAAAAUGGCGGAGCCCUUCACAUCGGUGCAGCCAAAUGUCGCUACCGUUCCCACGCUGCCAUCGUGCUCACGGGACGCUCCGACAGCAAGGACGUCCCUGAAGUACCCGGUCUUGGCCGCAAGUUCAUUGCUGUCAUGAGCGGCGGAACGCUAGAGCUCCACGGCACAGAACGAGUCUCCUGGUCUCUAUUGACCAAAAGCGUGCCUGCCUCUGGCCUGACCACAGGGGGCGACACUUUCCAGCGAAACUUUAGCCGAGGCAUCAACCUGCGCGUGGUGGAUCAGGACACGGCCGACAUCCUACUCAGGGAACGUUACGACACCCACGAAUCCCGCAAUGACAGUCGCCGGCUCACCCAGCUGCUGCGGUCCCUGCCAACGGGUCGCAUCGUCACGCUUGCCGUCGGAGACUCGGCCGUCAAAAGUCUUCUGGAUGAAACUAAGAAGGCCAUUGAAGAGACGCUUGGCAGCAGAUACGUCUACGAUCUCAAAUACAGGCAGGCAUGGGCUUUGGUCUCCGUGGUGGGCGGUGGUAACGAGUCAUGCUCGGAGGACGUCAGGGAACACGAAAACCACGACACUGGAGGGAGAGCUGUGGCAAGGCGGAACUUCACCACUGUCAACGGCGUGCGCUUCUCCGUCUCGGCCUACAGCGAGUGGAAGAACGGGUUCCCAAUCUCGGGCUUUCAGGUGGAUGCGGUGGACCAAGUGGUGCUGAAUCUCCAGGAUGAGGUGCAGCAAACCUGGCACCCCGGCAAUCGGAUUGUUAUUGCCAGUACAGAUUAUUCCAUGCAUCAAGCUGAAGAGUUUACCCUUCUACCCUGCCCUCAUUGCACCAGCACGCAGGUCCGAAUACAAGGGAAGCCUCUUUACAGCCACGUUGGUGAGAUCAUCGAUGGAGUCGACAUGCGCGCUGAGGUGGCGCUGCUCUCCAGGAACAUUCUUAUCCACGGAGAAAUGGAAAACUCCUGCUACGGAAACAACUUGUGUCAGUUCUACGGCCACGACACCUACGGAGGCCACAUCAAGAUCUUUGGAAACUUUUCCUCGGUGCAUCUGUCUUACGUGGAGCUGAAGAACAUGGGCCAGCAGAGCGAGAGGAGUCGCUACCCGAUUCACUUCCACAUGUGUGGCGACGUGGACCAGAAGGGAGGCUACUGGGAGCCCACCUAUGUGGACGGCCUUUCGAUACACCACUCCUUCUCUCGCUGCCUCACCAUCCAUGCCACCAACGGCUUGCUGGUGAAGAACACAGUGGGCUAUGACACCCUGGGCCACUGCUUCUUCCUGGAGGACGGCAUCGAGCAGCGGAACACUUUCUACCGCAACCUCGGGCUGCUGACUCGACCCGGUACUCUGCUCCCGACUGACCGCAACGAGACCCUCUGCCUCAGCAUUAAAGACAAAGUCUACAAGGGCUACACUCCCUCCCCGAGCACGGAGUGCAAGGCGGUUUCAACCUUCUGGAUCGCGAACCCCAACAACAAUCUAAUCGGCAAUGCUGCUGCCGGCUCUCAGGACGCCGGCAUAUGGUUUGUGUUCCACAGCUCCUCCACAGGAGACUCUCACGGCUUGGUACCAGAAACAAAAGCGGAACUAACCCCACUGGGCAUUUUCUACAACAACCGCGUUCACUCGAACUUUAAGGCCGGGCUGUUCAUUGAUAAAGGAGUGAAGACCUCCAAUGCAAGUGCCGCGGACCCCAGAGAAUACCUUUGCUUGGACAACAGUGCCAGAUUCCGACCUCACCGGAACGCGGAUCCCAGCCAACCUCGAGUGGCGGCGGUCAUCGACACGCUCGUCUCCUUCAAGAACAACGACAUGGGGGCGUGGAUACGGGGCGGCGACAUCGUCAUCCAGAAUUCCGGCUUUGCAGACAAUGGAGUGGGAUUAUCCUUUGCCAGUGAUGGCAGCUACCCAAAGGACGAGGGCUCCAGUCAGGAGGUGACGCAGUCUCUGUUUGUGGGAGAAAGUCGAAACCGGGGCACCAACGGAGGACAGAAUAAAUACUGGGGAUUAGGAGGGACCGAUGGGAAGAUGAGAACUCUCCCGAGAAACAGAACGUUCCCAAUCCGAGGCUUCCAGAUCUACGACGGCCCGGUGCGGCUGACCCGCAGCACCUUCCGCGGUUUCAUCCCCACACCCGAGCGUUACACCAGCGCAGUUGGCUUCAGCCUGAAGAACACCUGGCAGCUCACCCCGCGAAACAACAUGUCGCAACUCCGAUUCCACGCCACCGUGGGUCUGCGGUCGUUUUUCGGUCGUCCGGGCCAGUGGUUUGAGGAGAAUGAUCUGGAUGGAGACAAGAAUUCAAUCUUCCAUGAUGUGGACGGCUCAGUGACAGGCUACAAGGACACUUACGUGGGCAGGGCUGACAAUUACUUAAUCCAGCAUCCUAGCUGUGUUCACAAGCCUCCGUGGAAUGGAGUGAUAUGCAGCGGCCGCUACUCUCAGGUGUAUAUCCAGACCCAAGGUGCUCCCAGCCUCACUCUAUCCAUCAACAGAGACGAGUACCCCGCAGCCCCUCUGGUUCUGAGGGGUAUUAACAGCCAGGGGGCGCUGUCACAGCAGUAUCAGCCUGUUUUGAUGAUGAGCAAGAGCUAUACACUGCACUGGAACGGAGCCGCGCCCAGAGAGAUUGUCCUCUCCCUCAUCAACUUUGACAAAGAUGAUUGGGUGCUGUUCGGACUGUGCUACCCACCGGCCACCACCUUCCAGAUUGUGGCCGACAUCUACGACAGGCAGAGCAACACUUUUGAUGACAUCACCGACUAUGGGCCCGUGUUCUCUCUGUCUGAUCUGGAGUCUAGACCGAUGGAUAGGAAGUACUACUUCGACCAAAAUGUCGGCCUGCUGUGGCUGUACCUGCGGGCCCGCCAUGGUCGUGAUGGUCACAGCUACUGCUCGUUCAAAGGCUGUGAAAGAGUCAAAGUCAUGGCCACAACGUCCUCCCAGCGGACGUGCAACUGCACCAGUAACGCCUACCCCAAGUAUGCCAAAACUCCCUCAGCUGUCCUGCCUAUGCCGGCGCCAGACACGCAACCCUGCAUGGACUGCGGAGCCAAACAGCGUGUGUUUACCAGUGAGCCGUGGACGUCCUACCUCCAGACGCAAGUCAAGUCUCUCAGUGUGAAGGAGCAGAAAAGAGGCGACAACACGUCCUUCAUUGCUGUAAAUGAGGAGAUGAUGCCCUUCACUCAGCCCGGCUAUCUCGUGGUCUCCGUAGACGCCUGCUCUGGCAAAGUCACUAAGAAAGCAUCAUUUGUCAAGAUGGACGCCAAGAUGAAGCAGCACCUAACAACCGGAAUAACAAAGAGGUCCAUCGUGCUGAUGGCAACACGAGGCCAACCGGAGGGUCUGCCUGAUGUCGCUCACUAUCUCGUCCCCUUCGGUUUGGCCAAGGCGGCCGACUUGCACAAUAAAGAGAGUGUGGCACUGUGGGCUUUCCAGGGCAGCGCCUCCCCGCCUCCGUGGGUGUGUCUCCAGGCGGGCCAAGGGGACCACGUCCUGGGCUUGCAGGAGCGCUUCUUGCCGCUCGCUCUCCAAGCGUAUGGCUGUCCGCCAUCCGCGGCUCAGCAGACACGCAGGGACCUGGAGCUGCUCAAACAAGCCACGGGACCUCAAUGAACCAAUAUGAACUAGACAAACACACGCCUGGCUGAUGAAUGUGAACUGCUGAACUUUAAUUUAUUAACAAUGGCAUAUAUGUUGUGUGUAUGUGUGAGGAUGGGCCUAUAAGUCAAUGCACUUUUAUUUAAAAACAAAAACAAAAAGGCAAAACAAGCCCAGGUGAGCAAAUGGACCUUUUUUGCAAGAAGGCUUGGAAUAACAAAUGAGAAGACAAAUCAAGCAAUUAUAUUCUUUUAUGGUUUAAUAAAUGAGAAAGGGAAUCUCAGCGCGGUGCAUUUGUCACAACAUGAAAACAAUUGAAAUGACGUUAGGCGGGGAGCAAAACUGGAACGAGACAUACUCGGGAUCAAUCAAUUCAAACACGACUGCGACCGAGAAGCCAAAAUCGUGUCUGACGGGGCUUAGGUGUGCAAAACAACAAGCCGUAUUCACAUGCAUAUUUAAACAAGUCAUUUCCGGCGAGGUCGUUCUGCUUUUGCCUUAUUUCAAUAUACAUUUUGUUGUGUAACUGGAAAACCACCUGAUGUUGUACUGCAGCCUUAUGUGAAGCACCUUUUCGAGUGAAUGUCUUAACGGGAUAUUUAAAGUGUAGGCCACGUGAGCUGCUGUGAGAGCCUUCUCAAAUAUCCAUUCACAGCGGAAUGUGAAGACAUUCCCUGGCGUACACAAUAGAUUGUUGAAAAUAAUUUAGCAGCUGUGCUUUGUGUUGAGCGUAUCCCUUUGAGUGUAAAUCUUUCGAGAGGCCAUUUUGGAUGUGAGCAGGGCUCCCCCACUGCGCAGUGAUACGUGCCAAUGAGUGACUGAUGACAAGUGUGUGAAUAUGUGGCCUUGUAACCACUCUACUGUUUAAAAAGGGCAAAUCCAUGAGAGAAUUGUUUUUAAAAAACUGUAAUUAUAGUGUUUUAUACGUCAUUCUGUGCAACUUCUGGGUGAACUGGUUUUCUAUAGUGUUUUUAUUUCAAUAAAAUUUGUUAUUGAAAUAAAAUUUGUUAUGAGGAUGUUACUGAAAUAAAUGUAUGCUUUGUUGUAAAGUU